AAGACACCCACACAUCGCACCAUGUCGGCCAAGGCGAUCCGCGAGUUCGACGGCAAGCGUAUCCUGUCCACGAGCCUGCCGGCUUUCAACCUCAACAAGCGCUUUGCGCAGGUGGCUGUGAGCAAGAGCUUCGCCGGCCAGGGCCGCGAGGAUUUCUUCGGUGCCAUUGAGACCACCAGCCCGUGGCUCACGACGCUGGGCGAGACCAAGCUCGUGGUCAAGCCCGACCAGCUCAUUAAGCGCCGUGGCAAGGCCAACCUUCUGCUCCUCAACGCCACUUGGGCCGAGGUGCAGGACUGGGUCUGGGAGCGGAUUAACAAACCCGUCCAGGUGGAGACCGUCACGGGCGUGCUGACGCACUUCAUCGUCGAGCCUUUCCUUAAGCAUGGUGCCGCCGAUGAGCACUAUGUGUGCAUCGUCUCAAACCGCGACGGCGAGGAAAUCCUCUUCCACCACGAGGGCGGCGUGGACGUCGGCGACGUCGACUCCAAGGCCAAGCGCCUGCAGGUCGGCAUUGAGUCCGUCGCCUCCGAGGAGGAGCCUAUCCUGGCCAAGUUCCUCGUGGGCAUGCUGGCCAAGUUCCGCGAGCUGCACUUCGUUUACAUGGAGAUCAACCCCAUUGUGCUCGUGGGCGACCAGAUCUCCGUGCUUGACAUGGCUGCCAAGCUCGACGAGACUGCCAACUUCCUAGUCGGCGACCGCUGGGGCGCAAUCGAGUUCCCUCCGGCCUUCGGCCGUGCCAAGUUUCCCGAGGAGGAGUUCAUCCAGGACCUUGACUCUAAGACGGGCGCUUCGCUCAAGCUCACGAUCCUCAAUCACACUGGCCGCAUCUGGACUAUGGUCGCUGGUGGCGGUGCCUCGGUCGUGUACGCCGACACCAUCGCCGAUUUGGGCUACGGCCACGAACUGGCCAACUACGGCGAGUACUCGGGUGCUCCUAGUGAGACCCACACUUACCACUACGCUAAGACCAUCCUGGACCUUAUGACGCGCAACUUUGACGAGCGUGGCAAGGUUCUGAUCAUCGGUGGUGGCAUUGCCAACUUCACGGAUGUUGCACUGACCUUCAAGGGCAUCAUUCGUGCUAUUAAGGAGUACCAGCAGAAGCUGAAGGACAACAAGGUGCACAUCUGGGUGCGUCGUGGUGGACCUAACUGCCAGGAGGGUCUGACUAUCAUGCGUGAGGUCGGUGAGGCCACUGGUGUGCCUAUUGAGGUGUUCGGCCCCGAGACGCACAUCACGGCUGUCGUCCCCAUGGCUCUUGGCCUUGUGGAGAAGCCCACGUCGGUGGUCGCUCAGCCCACUACCAAGGCUAUUGGUGGCUCAAAAUCUAGCUCGACUAAGGCUACUUCGGAGGAAGGCAGCGCCGCCAACAGCGACAAUGAGGAGACCGAGACAGCGGAUGAUCUGGAGACCAAGGGCGUCGCCAAGAAGCAGGCACCCGUGGUGAUCCAGGACGAGGGCAUUGUGCGCAUGAACGACAACACGCGUUGCAUCGUUUACGGUCUGCAGCAGCGCGCCGUGCAGGGCAUGCUCGACUUCGACUACCUGUGCAAGCGUAAGACUCCCAGUGUGGCGGCUCUGAUCUUCCCGUUCUCACCCAACCACUACCUCAAGUUCUACUGGGGCACUUCGGAGCGUCUGAUCCCGGUGUUCCAGAAGCUGUCGGAUGCCGUCAAGAAGUUCCCGGACGUGAGCGUGCUCAUUAACUUCUCGUCGUUCCGAUCCGUGUACCAGUCCACCAUGGAGGGCUUUGAGCACAGCGACUCACUCAAGACACACGCUAUCAUUGCUGAGGGUGUGCCGGAGCAGCAGUCGCGUCUGAUUUCGAAGAAGGCGCGUGAGCUGAACGUCGGUAUCAUUGGCCCUGCCACGGUCGGCGGCAUCAAGCCUGGCUGCUUGCGUAUCGGUAACACCGGUGGUAUGCUGGACAACAUUGUGCAGUCGAAGCUGUACCGCCCCGGUAGCGUGGCGUACGUGUCCAAGUCCGGUGGUAUGUCAAACGAGCUGAAUAACAUCGUCUCGCAGACGACCGAUGGUGUGUACGAGGGUGUUGCUAUUGGCGGUGACAAGUACCCGGGAUCCACGUUCAUCCAGCACCUGCUGCGUUACGAAGCCAACCCGGAUGUCAAGAUGAUGGUACUUCUGGGUGAAGUCGGCGGCACGGACGAGUUUGCUGUCUGCCGUGCCAUCCAGUCGGGUGCCAUCAAGAAGCCGGUGGUUGCCUGGUGCAUUGGUACAUGCGCUAAGAUCUUCCCGUUCGAGGUACAGUUCGGCCACGCCGGUGCUUGCGCUACGGGUGAGUCGGAGACUGCGUCGGCGAAGAACGCGGCUCUGGCUGCUGCCGGUGCCAUCGUCCCCGAGAACUUCGACCAGUUUGGCAACGCCAUCCGCAAGCAGUUCGACUCGAUGGUUGCGUCGGGUGUGAUCGUGCCGCGUCCGGAGGUCCCGGUUCCGAAGGUGCCCAUGGACUACGCGUGGGCCAAGAAUCUGGGUCUAAUUCGUAAGCCUGCCAACUUCAUCUCGUCCAUUUCCGAUGACCGUGGUGAGGAGCUGCGUUACGCCGGUACUCCUAUCUCGAAGGUCUUCGAGCAGGACAUGGGCGUUGGAGGCGUCAUCGGUCUGUUGUGGUUCAAGCGCAAUCUGCCGGCCUACGCGUCCAAAUUCAUCGAGAUGGUGCUCAUGGUCACGGCUGACCACGGUCCGGCGGUGUCGGGUGCCCAUAACACGAUUGUUACUGCCCGUGCCGGCAAGGACCUGAUCUCGUCGCUGAUCUCGGGUCUCGUGACGAUCGGACCCCGUUUCGGUGGUGCUCUGGACAAGGCUGCCGAGAUGUUUGCGGGUGCGUUCGACUCGGGUGUUUCCGCGGCCGACUUCGUUGUGGACAUGCGCCGUCAGAACAAGCUCAUCAUGGGUAUUGGCCACCGUAUCAAGUCGCUGUCGAACCCGGACAAGCGUGUGACCAUCAUCAAGGAGUUCGCCAAGGCCAACUUCCCGGCCACGGACGUGCUUGACUUUGCUCUGGAGGUGGAGCAGGUGACCACCAAGAAGCGUAGCAACCUGAUUCUGAACGUCGACGGCUGCAUUGCCGUCUGCUUCGUCGACUUGCUGCGUAAUUGUGGCGUCUUCACGCUGGAGGAGGCCAACGAGCAGAUCGCGGACGGCUGCCUCAACGGCCUGUUCGUGCUGGGCCGCAGCAUUGGUUUCAUCGGCCACUUCCUGGACCAGAAGCGUCUCAAGCAGCCGCUGUACCGUCACCCGUGGGAUGACAUCUCGUACCUGGACGAGGAGUUCUAGAUGGACGGAGGUAAGAGCGAGUAGUAGAUGCUAAGUAGUAAGCUUUGAAAAAUGAGUCUCUUCAUAUCUA